AUGGUGAAAGUUAGACCGAUUGAAUUUGGUUGUAUUGGGUGCCCGGUUACCAGGGCUGUCUUCAACUCUGGCAAAGUAGAUAAUUUUGCUGCCAAUGACCCCUUCACUGACCUCAACUACUUAGCUGUCAUGUCCCAGUAUGACCUUACCCACAGCAAGUUCCACGGCACAAUUAAGGCUGAGAAUGGAAAACUUGUCAUUAACGGGAAGGCCAUUUCCAUCUUCCAGGAUUGGGAUCCUGCCAGAAUCAAGUGGGGUGAUGUGGGUGCUGAGUACGUUGUGGAAUCUAAUGGUGUUUUGACCACCAUGGAGAAGGCUAGGGUCCACUUGAAGGGUGGAGCCCAAAGAAAGGUCACCAUGUCUUCCCCUUCUGCUGAUGUCCCCAUAUUGCCUCAUCCAACCUUGGUGGAGGAGGGGGUGCCUGGUCUCACUGAAGCUUGA